AUGGAGCAAGAUCAAGAUCUGGGCGGCAAGCAUUACUCCCGCUGUAGCAGCGCGGGCAGCACCCAUACACCCAACUCUUCGGCGCACAAUUCUGACGACGAUGACGACAGCGGCGAUGCACGACACAUGGGAGCCACAAAUUCGAAUUCGAACUCUUCGCUGAGCUACAAGGAGCGCCGACGCUCGGCUCACACCCAGGCGGAGCAGAAGCGUCGGGAUGCGAUCAAAAAGGGCUACGACAGUCUGCAGGAGCUGGUGCCACGCUGCCAGCCAAACGACUCGUCUGGCUACAAGCUGAGCAAAGCGCUGAUACUGCAGAAGUCCAUCGAGUACAUUGGCUAUCUGAAUCAGCAGAAAAUCAGGCAGGAGGACGAGAGCGCCGCUCUGCAGAAGGAGGUGACGGCGCUGCGUAUCAUACAGAACGGCUACGAGACCAUGCUGCAACAUCAGCAGGCCAAUCCGGGGCCCGAAGAGGCGCGUCUCACAGACGAGGCCAAAUUUCAAGUGUUUCAGGCAAUACUGGACGAAAUGUUUGAGACAUUCCAGAACAUACCGAUGGAUAACUUCAAGCAGCUGACAAGCGGCGUCAUACCCUGGCUGGAAGAGCACUGCAAGCCGCACAUUCUGCGCAACAUUCUCAGCCGGACGCUGCAGCAGAUGGCGCAGGAGACGCAAGAGAAGCAGCAACAGGCCAUGGACCAGGAAACUGGGGAGGGCUUCAGUUGAAUCCCCUUGUUGUCGUUUGUUUUUUCGGUCUUGUUUCUGUUUUUGGUAAAUGCUUUCAUUAGUAAAUGCGUCAUUUAGUUGUAAAAGCGUGCGAUAU